AUGGGCCUCACUAUUCCGCCCGAGGUCAAGGCGGACUGGUUAACCAAUCGACAAAAAUAUCCAUUUGGCGAGCGGCGGGGACCUUUUUCAACUAUCCUCGUGUCGAUCCUUCUUGCUUUGACUCUGACAAUUGUUGGUGCAAGGCUAUGGGCACGCUGCAAGGUUCGACGAAACGCUGGGCUAGAUGACUGGCUAAUUGUCGCAGCACUGGUAAAGUCUACAUCUAAGCGCUUCUAUCAAUUCGGCGUCGACCGCCAUGCCUGGGAGGUUACGGCUACCCAAGCUGUUAACUUCCGUAUUGUUACCUGGGCUAUCUCGAUAUUCUAUAUCCUCGUAACAUCGCUGGUUAAAACCUCAAUUCUUUGUUUCUACCGACGACUAAGUGAGGGUAUGACCAAUACUUGGCUCUUCAUUAUCUAUGGCUCUAUUGUCUUCGUUGUUGUCUACGCCAUUCUUGUUAUCGUUAUGGCUUGCGUAGCCUGCCAUCCAAUGGAUGCUUUUUGGAACAAAAUGGAUGCGGCAUGGACGUCAACUCACAGAUAUAAAUGCUUUGACGAAGGAGCAGGCUUCCUUGCCUCAGCAAUAGUGAGCGUUACCCAGGAUGCUAUGGUCUGCAUCCUUCCUCUAAUCGUCCUUUUCCGGCUACAAAUGCCUCGGAAGCAAAAACUCGCUCUGGCCGGAAUAUUUGGGGUCGGAUUUUUUCUGUGUGCCUGCGGGAUUAUGCGCGCCGCCUCCAUAUGCAAGGUCUACUACCAAACAUACGAUAGUACCUGGGAAGCACUCCCCGCCUGGGAAUGGACACUGGUGGAGAUUCACUUCGCCAUCAUCUGCGCCUCCGCCCCCGCUUUGAAAUUGUUCUUCCACCGCGUCCUUAAACCUUCAACAGACGGGAGCUAUACUGGAGGCCGUCAAAGGCAAGAUUACGGCCACCUUGGCAGUAGUAAGCAAGGAACAGAUUCAACAAGAGGCGACGCGGCUAUAUCCAUGCAUGAUAUGCUGGCGUACGAAGAGGCAGCUACUCCGCUUCCAAGUCCCACGAAUGGGAGAAAAUCGACGGGGUGUCGUUCUUAAGGGAGGGUGGGACGGGUCGGGAAGCUUCAGCAAGAAAAGGCCUGGUAGAUUCGUAGCCGAGAAGCUAAUGAUAGAAGUCAUUAAUGAGGUUGGUGUGUCCUCGGAAGGGAGCAAUGCAAAACUAAGCGGACGGGCCGAAGUGGAUAUCUUGGUAUGAGGUAGCCAUGUUCAUAGAGGCGUAUGAUUCUAAAAGCCCACUGAGAAACCGUAGCAGCAAGAUUUGUACUUUAGUCUUUGAAGCUCCGCAAGCAGUGUUGAAUGCAAGGUACCCAAGGUUGAAACUUUGUAACACUCGAGUCCUGCCAAAUAUCUCCGAGAGAGGGCUUAUGAAAAACGGACCAAUUGCAAAUCCCAAUAUGAAAAUAG